CCACAACAGUAGAAUAGUAGAGAAAACGUCUACAGUGACAGCCACUCUGCAGCCGUGUGCCCUGCGGCUGGUGUAAUAGUGUACAGAGAGUCCGAAAGGGCGACUUCCCGAACCACCCGCGCGCUGCCUAACUGCUCAGGAAAUUCUACGGAGUUUUCGGAACAUAAUUUCCCCAAAGGAGUGACGAGAUUCUGGAAUUACUGGUGUUGUGGGAAUAGGUUGUCGCUCAAGAGCAACUCAUAUUUCGAGGAAGGGCGGACUUUUGAACAGCGGGAGUUCAGGAUGGAGAAAGCGUCACUUUUUUUGCCCCUUGUCAUUCUACUGAUACAAUGCCUCCCCAUUGUCCCUGUUACCGUGUCAACAACCACGCCCAAGGUGGAGGUCCAUGAGAACUCUGAUGCGGUUCUGAGCUGUGAUUUUCGGACAGAGAAGGAACAGAAUCCUCGAAUCGAGUGGAAGAAGAAAGGAACAGAUGUAUCAUUUGUUUACUAUGAGGGACACUUCAGAGGAGCCUUUGCGGGGCGUGCAAGGAUCAAGGGGGCAACGGUGACCCUACAGAGGGUGACCCAGAAAGACGCGGGCGAAUACCGCUGUGAGAUCACUGCCCCUCACGACACCAUCACCCUGGGGGAGACUAACAUCACCCUCGAAGUCUUGGUGCCCCCCCACACCCCAUCCUGUGAGAUCCCCAGCUCGGCCUUGACGGGCUCUGUGGUGCAGCUGCGCUGUAGGGACCAGCAGAGCAUCCCCCCAGCCACCUACUCCUGGUACAAAGAUGACAAGCCGCUGACCCCCUCCCGCAUGGCCAACGCCACCUACCACCUCAACCCAAUCACGGGCAUACUGGAGUUUAAGACUGUGGCGAGAGGCGACACGGGACAGUACAGCUGUCUGGCAUCCAACAAAGUGGGGCCGCCCAAGAUGUGUGAGGCUAAACACAUGAAGAUAGAGGAUGUAAACAUGGCAGGGGUCGUGGCUGCGGUCGUGGUCAUCUGUCUGGUCAUCGCCAUUUGUGGCUUCGGGGGGUACUAUGCACACCGUAAUGGCUACUUCAGCAAACACAGAGGAAGGUCCUUUUGGAUCCCUCAGUGUCAUGGUGUGGCCCACAUCAGCAACCAGGACCUCCAUAGAACAGAAGACAAGACUAAUGCCAACUACAACCCUCCACCCCAAGACCCUGCGGACUUCAAACACACCCAGUCCUUCAUGCUGUGAGGACCUCGACAACCCCCUGGAAGACACCACUGGAGUAGUUUCAUUCCACCCAAAUGAAUAGUUCUAAGAAUAGUUAAUUAUAUUUUUGGGACUGACCAACCCUGCUCUCCUCACCCUUGUGGAUGGAUAGCAAGGGGGGAAGAAAACAGCGCGUAGAGGCCAUUUAUUCCUGUUUUGCUUUCCCUGGGCCCUCAAUGCAAGCCUAUUAUAUUAGUCACAUGGUACUCUACUUCCCUCUGGUGGCCAAGUUGUUAAACUACAGCAUAUCGCCAUGUUGUGGUGGACCCUUGGAAUUACGUUCCACACAUGCUCACUUCCCCCUCAACUGGCCAAAACAUGAACUACCUAAAUCUGAUUUUAUACCAAAGACGUGAACAUUGCAUCUGAGUGUAAUAUACUGUACAUAUUUUCUGAAGGCUAUUGGAUAAGGCUAUUGAUGUGCAUACAAUGUAGCCAUCACAUUAGGCCUCCCGAGUGACGCAGCAUCUCAGUGCAAGAGGUGUCACGACAGUCCCUGGUUCGAAUCCAGGCUGUAACACAUCCGGACGUGAUUGGGAGUCCCAUAGAGCGGCGCUCAAUUGGCCCAGCGUCGUCUGGGUUUGGCCGUCAUUGUAAACAAAGAAUUUGUUCUUAACUGACCAAUCCAUUUUCUUCUGAGGGCAGUACUCGUGUAGAUCUGAUUCAGUCGGUUUGGAUUUUUAUUUAACCUUAACUAGGCAAGUCGGUUAAGAACAAAUUCUUAUUUACAAUGAUGGCCUACCCCGGCCAAACCCUAACGACGCAGGGCCAAUUGUGCGCCGCCCUAUGGGACUCCCAAUCACGGCCGGUUGUGAUACAGCCUGGAAUCGAACCAGGGUCUGUAGUGAUGCCUCCAGCACUGAGAUGCUGCGCCACUCGGGAGCCCAAAAUUACAUAGAUGUCCUCGCCCCCAGUUAGUCUAAUUAGCAUACAGGUAACAAAAAAAAAAUCCACAUCAAAGUCCAUCUGUUUUAAGAUGGAGAGAUUGUUUUUUUUGCAUGGGCCGCGCCCCAAUAAUAGUAAAGCAGUGUUGGUCAGAACAGGAGACAUCCCUGAAAAACACCGGAGAUCACCACAAUAGUCUUAUGGAUUGUUUCCUCCAUUUUGAAUAUUGGCCAUCCACUAUAUUCCUUUCAGAACAGUGCAGCUGAAGGAAAGGAGACACUUUGGGAUCGAUUCAAUCCGUAAUGACGAAGUUCAGUGCUAUGAUUGAAAUUUAAAAGGCGAUGUUCCUAUUUUCGCAGACUGCCUUCACGUUGAACGCUGCAUAUGUUGGCUCAAUCAUAAAUUACCUUUACAUUUCAAUAGCGCAGUAGCUCUGAACUUCAGCAAUACUAAUUGAAUUGAGAUGGACCCCUGCUCACCCGAAGAUGCCUACAUUUUCUGUGAUGCCCAGUGCCUUUCAAAAGUAGUUGUUAUAUUCUAUCUAGGGGCUCUUUUGUAAGUGUUUUCUUGUUUUGUUUAAGCUAAAGUAUUAUUGUGCUACUGCAUUUUUGGUCUUAGUGUAUGUUUCUUAGGCUAUGGGUGAAGGGGUUGCUGUACGUUUAUUCUUUGUAAGAUGUUUAUUCAGUAUUAAAGAUUUUCUAUCAAAAA